AACACAGAGAAGAAGAACAAGCAAACGAAUCAUUUCAACAAUGAUUAAAACACAAACCUUUGUCUCUGUCCUUCUCUCCCUCUUCUUCUUAUUCUCUCUCCCUUUCUCCUCACUCGCCGCACCUCCCUCUUCGUCCUCCGUCUACGAAUCCUUCGUUCAAUGCUUUUCCGACAAGACUAAAUCCCCACAAGCCCAAAUCGCCGAAAACGUCUUCUCUCAGACAAACCCUUCCUACUCCUCCGUCCUCCGAGCAUACAUCCGAAAUGCGAGGUUCAACACUUCCUCCACUCCCAAACCGACGAUCAUCGUCACUCCUCGCUCAUAUAGCCACGUCAGCGCCGCCGUCCUCUGCUCGAAGCCCUUAAACUUCGUCUUCAAGAUCAGAAGCGGCGGGCACGACUACGACGGUCUCUCGUACAUCUCCCACAAACCGUUUUUCAUCCUCGACAUGUCGAAUCUCCGCGACGUCUCCGUCGACGUCGCCGAUAACUCCGCCUGGAUCUCCGCCGGAGCUACUCUCGGAGAAGUUUACUAUAAAAUCUGGGAGAAGAGUAAAGUCCAUGGUUUCCCCGCCGGAGUUUGUCCGACGGUUGGUGUCGGCGGUCACUUAAGCGGCGGCGGGUACGGUAACAUGGUGAGGAAGUACGGUUUGUCGGUGGACUACGUCGAGGACGCGAAGAUCGUCGACGUGAAAGGUCGUGUUUUGGACAGGAAAGCGAUGGGUGAGGAUCUUUUCUGGGCGAUCUCCGGCGGAGGAGGAGGGAGCUUCGGCGUCGUUUUGGGGUACAAGGUCAAGCUCGUUCCCGUGCCACCGGUCGUGACGGUGUUCCGAGUGGAGCAGUAUAUGGACGCCGGAGCGGUGGACAUGGUUCACAGAUGGCAGUUCGUUGGUCCGAAAACCGACAGGAACCUCUUCAUGAGGAUGCUGAUUCAACCUACUACGAGGAAUAAGGUGAAGACGGUGAGAGCUUCCGUGGUUGCUCUGUUCUUAGGCAGAGCAGACGACGUCGUUUCGCUUCUUGCUAAGGACUUCCCUGAGCUGGGGCUCAAGAAGGAGGCUUGCAAGGAGAUGACUUGGAUUCAGUCUGCUAUAUGGUGGGACAAUGAUGAGAACGCUACCCAAACCGAUCCCAAAGUGUUUCUUGAUCGGGAUCUUGAUUCCGCUAGCUUCGGCAAGAGGAAGUCUGAUUACGUUGCGUCCGAGAUUCCUAGAGAUGGGAUUGAGUCGCUGUUCAAGAAGAUGAUCGAGCUGGGGAAGAUAGGGCUUGUUUUCAAUCCUUACGGUGGGAAAAUGGCGGAGGUGGCCGAGGACGCAACGCCGUUCCCUCACCGGAAUAAGCUUUUCAAGAUUCAGUACUCUGUGAACUGGAAAGAGUCGUCUGCGGAGAUAGAGAAGGGUUACUUGAACCAGGCUAAGGUGCUUUACAGUUUCAUGACCGGGUUUGUGAGCAAGAACCCUAGGAAUGCUUACUUGAACUACAGAGAUGUUGACAUCGGUGUGAAUGAUCACGGGGUGAAUAGUUACAAGGAAGGAGAGGUGUAUGGAAGGAAGUAUUUUGGUAACAACUUUGAUCGAUUAGUCAAGAUUAAGACCGCGGUUGAUCCGGAUAAUUUCUUCAGAAAUGAACAGAGUAUACCUACCUUGCCAAGUAAGGCAUAGUGGAAAAAGACUUACCUUUUGUUUUUAUUAUAAAAAUUGAAAAGGUUUGGUUAUUUACUACUAAACCAGUAAUGUUUGGUGAAGGAGAAUAUAAUAGUAUGAUUUGAAAUA